AUGAAAAGAUCAGCCUUAGUUGUAGAACUUGAAAACAAAUUAAGUGACAUGAUCGGACCCAACGGAGGUCUACAAGAGGCACGAUGAAUUGGACAAUUUGUUAACCUUAUGGCUGAAACAACGAAUGUUGAAGGCAGAGAUGUCUUACUUCAGGCUUUACUAAGGACGACUCAAAACACAAAGGCCAUUUAUGGAAGGUUCUCUAGUGUAGGCGGCAUUGAACAGCUCGGCAAAUGGAUCAAAGAUCAUGAAAAAAAUGAGCAAUCAGAAGACAGAGGCCUCCUUCACACAAUUUUGUCAUGUUUAAAUAAGCUCCCGGUCACGACUGAAAUUCUUGAAGCUACCAUGAUUGGAAAAGCUGUCAAAAGUAUAUGCAAACACUCUGAGCCAGGACUCCAAGCAAAAGCUGUAGCUUUGAUCAAAAAGUGGGCGAGCGCAAUUGAGAAUCCUAAUGAAGUAUAUGGAAUUGUCAUAAAUUUUAGAAAGGCUUGUCAGAUAAUAGUAAUAGUAAAAAUGGCGGAGAAAAAUAAUAAAUUCAAGAGAAUUGAGCAUACAUCGUCCACCCAAGCCAAAUUAUAACGAGACAAAAAUUGAACUGCCUAAGAGGUAAAUUUGAAGUUAGACAAAAAGUAGAAGAGCAAGUCCCUAUUGAAGAAAUACAUUCUGAUCCAGAAACUAAUGAAUAUCAUGAUUUUUCUAAAAAACGUGUGAGGUAUGUUAAUAUUCUAAGUGACUAA